AUGAACUAUUCCGCUCCGCUCGUCACGCGGUCGCGGCCGGCGAAUUCAAUCAGUUGCCGGCGCGCGGUGAUCUCGGCCGCUAAAGGCGUGUGCAUAAAUAACGCGUCGCCGUACCGCGUCCGCCCCCGUUACCGGCUAUGGAUACUUCAGGAGUUAUUGCCCCCGACUGGGAUGGAUGGCCGGCCGCCUCUGGAUUAUGGCGUUACCGCCGCGGUCCCUCGCAGACGCCGCUCUACGAUUUAUAAGUCGCAUCUUUUA